UCUGAUCAGUUUACCGACCAUUAGUUCUUAAAAAAUAUUUCUAUUUUUGGCAACGGUGCAUCAAGUAAAGAACAAUUCCAUGGGAAUACUAUUUCGCACUGAUAUACCAAUUACAUGUUGUAUAAACAGAAACUGUUAACAAUGUUUGAAUGGGCAUAUGAUGGUGUUAAUGCCUCCAUACACGUAAUGGUAGGCCCAGAAUGUGCCAAACUAUAUAAGUCCUGAAAGAAGAAUAAUUGAAACAUUAUUAUAUCUAUAGUCAUCAUAUUUUUGCUCAUUUGGGGUUACAAACAAAUGAGUUUACCAACCAAGGUCUUAUGUAAUCAUGACCGUGUUGGCAAAAGAAUAUUAUUGAUGAUUAUGUCACUGGUAUUAGGAAUAGAGAUUGGCUUUAAUUUACCAAGCAGGACAAUUGUAUAUUUAUUAAAUCCGUGUCAUAUAACAACAGCAGCACAGUUAUACUUGCUGAUAGCUGAUCCCAGUCCAACAGUCACAGCUGUCUUUAGGAAUACACUGAACUUUUUAAAUGGACCACUUUAGCAUAUCUUGUUCCCAGAGACAGAAUCACGCAGAAUAUUUGCAGACAAGCAUUAUUGGAUUCAACAUGGCUUAAUGGUAGUAAUACCAUAUUAUUUACUGAGGCUUGGUGGGUGUUUAUAAUGUAGAACCUUAUCAGAUAUGAGUUGGACUGUUUUUAGUUACGGGCUAAAUCUUGCAUAUCAUUUUUGGAUUCUUCAAUCUAUUGCUUUGCCUAUUCAAGUCAAUCUUAGCCACAUAUUGUGUGCGGCUGUUCUAGACCCCUUCGCGGGAAACUAUUAUCGCGUAUGGACGAUGAUUCAUCAAGGAAUAUUAUGCCCUUUAUUAUGCAAAUUAUUUUGCUAUUCAGCAGACUCUUUUUUAACCAAGUGUCCGCUAACUAGAGUAAAAGCGACGUUGGACUGUACACUUCCGAAAAGAAGUACAGAUUGGAGAACGAACAAAAGUAUAUGAAGAUACGAAUACUCGGGAAAUGGACAUACCCAUUUAAAUUAGGCUAAUACUUUGUAAUUGAUGCCACCGUAAUCUCUAUGGAUACAUUGCCGAAAGUAAGUGAAUAUUCCAUGAUCAAGGGAAGCCGACAACCUUUGUCAAUAAUUAAACGAACACAAAUUAUUUUGUGUUUGUACGUGCAUUCGUAACUACAUGUAUAGUCAGUGCCUGUAAUCAAAAUUACAGGUUCCCUUUUUUAAACACGUUUCUAGGUAUUUUUUACACUGCAUCUUUCGAUGAAGUGAAUAGAAACAACAGGGCAAAUAGUGGUAGGAACUAGAAAUUUACAAAUUUCGGAUUAACGUCUUAUGAAUUUCAAUUGCUAAUAUUCCGAUGUAGCAUGUUUCUCCAAUUAGAAUUUUUAGAUUAUGGGACUCUAAGAAUCUCGCAUUCCUAAUGCGUCUAGGCAGAUCAUUUUCUUAAAUACAUACCAGCACCAUAGAAUAUUGAAUUUUUCUAUUCUUUUAUUGUUCAUGGAAAAUUAUAAUUUUACUAUCCUUGCAAAAAUACAUACCUCACUGAAAAGUUUUCAAUACUUAUGUAUGUAUCUAUUUAAAUGCUUUCCGUGCCUAGAUGUAAAAUUACUAUGAAGCUUAUCUUAUGCUAUGAAUAAUGGCAAUUUUAGCCAUGAAAAUAGUUUACAGUACCUGUUGUAACUGAAAAAAAAUCAGUUAUCGAGUCAAAUACUGAAUUUCCUAAUUUAACAUAUUAUAAUUUAUUUCCAUAUUGUUAAGUACUUUGGUAAGGUGUGACUUUAUUUCACAAGUUUCUCAGCCAUAAAGAAGCAGCUUGAUUGUGAUAUAUAAAUGUAAAUUACAUUACAUGAUACAGUUUAAAGUACGAAUGCACUGAUAAAAACAGAUUGUUAGUUUAUUAAUACUAACGAAAUGUAGGAUUGUGUUAACAGUGUGCACAUAGUCAAAUUAUUACUUUAAUUAUACAAUACAUUCCAUAUACUCAAUCUACACGAAAUUACUUCAAUAAGUUUACAUUGACUGUCACAAAUUUUAUUCUAUGACAUAUUUUAUUAUGUAAAAUGUUAUUAAAUUUAUAAUUUAAAGCGCCAAAGAAAAAAAAAUGCAACAUGGAAUGUUUGCAGUCCAAAGAUUGUAAUUUUACAUAAUUUUAUUAUAAGUUUAUGAAUAAAUUCGAAUUUAUAUUUAUUAUUUUACAAAUUCUCAGCCGAAAUUUGUAUAUUCUUAUACAACCUCCAAAUAAAAGUCAAUAUAUUCUUAUUCUUACGUUGAAAUGUAAAUUUCGGUCUGCAUUUACCUAUUCUGAUACCUCAAUGGUUAUUUGAUUAUUUAGAUGGCCUAACAUUAAAAAAAAAGAUACUAAUGAGAUACUUAUUAAUUCACAAAAAAUUACAAUAUUAAUAGUUUGGGUAGAGAAUGUAUGACUUCAGUGUUUCCACAGCGUUAAGGAUUAAUCUUUAAUUGUGCGCACUUUUUACACAAUUGAUAUUUGUGUCCUUUUGCAUGGAAAAUAAAAUGAAUAUAAAUAGAUUUUUACACCAUUGAAUGCUUUUCUAAAGCAUACUGCAUUUACAUCAAUUGUAUGAUAAUAAAAAAUCAGUGUACAUAAAUAAAAACGAUAAAUAAAAAAACUGAACAUUUUACUGUAAUAUAAAAUUUCCAAGCGAAAGGUCAUGAACAAUAAUAUGUCUCAAUAACAAUUACAUUAUAUUAAAAAAUAGUCAUUGUCCGCAUCUGUAUGCUGAUAUAAGGCCUCGAUGAGGUUUAAUUUAGAAUCUUGAUAUAGUACGAUGAAAAUACCUUUUAUAUUGUACAUUACAUAAUAGUCAUGUACACGAGUCUGUGCAAUGAUGAUUAUACGACUUGCGAAAAUAUUUACGACACAUUAAAACAUGAAGGAACUGUAUGUAUAACAAAUGUAUUGUGUAAUACACGUGCUUCAGGGUCACUGUUACAUAGUAGAGAUAAUAAGAAAUCAAAAAACAGAUUAUGUUUUAUGUACAAGAAAGGGACCGUGUAUGUAUGUAUGUAUGUAUGUGCAUCGCCGCCUAUGUUACUUCUAAUUUAUAGCCCUAUUAUCUUACAAGGUAUACAUGAAUAAGCACGAAUAGCGUAUGUUUAUGUAUUAUGUACAUAGAAGAUUCGCUAGUGCAAUGAGUCUAACUUAGUUGAAACUUUAAUUUAGAAUUAAAUUAAGAAUCUUUCUGACAUUAUAGGUCAUGUAGUAUGAAUUAAUUUUAAAAAUAGCAAUAAAUUAAUUAUAAAUUAGACCAUUACUAUAUUGAAUUUUCAAUGUAUACAUAUAAGUUGCAUAGUCGAAAAGGUGAUGGACUAUUCAUUGAACUAAGUGUGCAAUAAAUUAUUGUUGUUAUAUUUUUGUAAGUUACGGAGAACGUUGUUUCCGUAAUGAUAAUAUAAAUUUGGUACUAAACACGGAACUGGCUUCUGGAAAGUAAGAAUCAAAGAAACAUUACUUUUGAUCUUCAUUGGUAUAACGAUAAGUAGGAUAAGGUGCGAAGCAGAAUGGGUUUAUCUAAAAUAAAAAUUAUUCCGUUAGAACGGAAGUAUUAAGAAUUACCGUCAGACACGUUUGAUGGUAUGCAACAAUACAAACAUUAAAGCAUUAAAAUAAAAUAAUUUAUUUACAGA